UUGGUAGUUCUUGCCAGUCAGUUGGUAAACAAAACACCGUACAGAAAGACCGAUAAGGGAAUACUCGGAUCUCAUAUAUAUAUAUAAAAAUAUAUAAUAUAAAAAUCCUUUUUGACUGCCAUGUACAAUUCUCAAUAUAUUGUCGUAAUUUGGGCAACAAUUGCCGUCAGCCUGAUCAGCUCCUUGCCUAGCUCUCAAGGAUACUCACCAAGAGAAGAUGCGCGAGUGAUAGCCGAAUAUAAACGGGAAUUGGAACUGAAUCAUGCAAAAAUUGCCCGUCAGCUGGUACAUCAGGCCAACUGGGCUUCUGUGGGAAGCAUAUCGACAAAUAAAAUUGUCGAAAACUAUCCCAUGGUCAAUAUCGUAGCAAUAGAUGACAAUGAUGUCCACGGCAACUCAACAGGAAAAAUACGUUUUUUGCUCACCGAUUUGGAUUUCACUGGUCCAGAUUGGCAAAAGAAUAACAAGGUUACCUUCACGUUUACCGACGAGCAAACCCUGAAUUGUCAAAAGGCUGGCAAGGAUCCCAUGGAACCGACUUGUGCCCGAACUAUGCUAAGCGGGCAGGUCAAAAAGAUGGUAGAAGAUGAUGCUAGCUACAAGCCCGCACUUGAUGCAUUCCUAAAACGUCAUCCAGCAGGAACCAAUUGGCUAAAAUUUCAUACGUUUUAUCUCUGCGAAUUGGUGAUCAAGAACAUUUUUGUUCUGGACUUUUAUGGAGGACCGCAUGAGGUCAGCGCCUCCGAUUAUUAUGCCAUUACGAUUUGACCGUUGAAUGAACUCCAGAUUAAGCAAUAAUUCCUGAUUUACUACGCUUCAAUAAAAUAACAUGAUAAGAAAGAGAGAAGUUGACGUACCAUAGCAUUUUAUCAAUGAUUGGUUAACAUUAUUGUUUAAUUAAAUAAAUGUAUUGUGAUUGCAGAA